GCGGAAAAAGGCGCAGCCUCUAAGUGCCAAGAGUCCGGGUGCGCGGUUGCUUCACGAGUCCUCCUCCUCCUCCUCCUCCUCCUCCCCUGGUCCAGGCCCUCGGGCUGGGGAGAGCCCCGGUGGAGGAGACGGGAUCCGUUCAACUGAACAAAGGAAAUGGCGGCCACACCAAAGGCAACCGGCUCGGCCGGUGCUGCCGCCGCGGAGACUGGGAAACGUUCCCUAAAAUGGCGGACAGCGCGAACGCAGGCGCGGGCCGGGCUGGCCAGGGCGGGGCGGGGCGUCCGCUCACGGCGGCCAGCGGCGGCGGCGGCGACGGGGCGUGGGGGAGGUGCCGACUGUUCCCAUGGCGGCUGCGCCGGAGGCCGGGGAGCCCGGGAAGGGGAAGGUAGAAUUAGAAGAUCAUGUGACGUUGGAAUAGGAGGAUUUAUCUUGGUGACUUUAGGAUGCUGGUUCCAUUGUAGGUAUAAUUAUGCAAAGCUAAGAAUCCAGGAAAGACUUGCCAGAGAAGGAAUUAAAAACAAGAUUUUAUAUGAAAGUACCCACCUUGAUCCUGAAAGAAAACAAACCAACAGCGGCAGCAGCAGCAGCAAUUGAGCAGUCUUGAGCACAGAAAACCCAGAUACAACUCACUUCGGUGUGAACAAAGCCGAGAUCAACUAUAGAAAGCAUUUUAUAUACCAUAAGGCUUUCAACCAAGUAAAUAAUGUAUGUGUAAGUUGUAGUCUUUUUUACAUGUGUAUGAAUAUUUACAAACUUAUUCUGGCCCUGUAUCUACUGUCAGUAUAGCACAUAGUGGACUCGUACUUAAAACAAACCUUGUGUUUAACAUGCUUAGAAAAGUGUUUCCUUAUAGUAAGCAGUGAGUACACCUAACGUUUGAAGAAAUAAAAUCUCAGUUCGAUGUUAAAACUUGCCUUAAAAACAAAAAUCACAACUGUAUUACUGUAACCUGUUAAAAAUGAGGGGAUACUUUCUGAUUUCGAAAGCCAGUGAUGUUGUAUCAGACUUAAAACUAAUGGGUCAUCACUUUGCAAUUGUUAUUUUUAGAAUGUACCCAUUGCUUGACCCUAUUCUUCCACUUCAACAGGUGAGUCACCUCUCAGAAAGUAAAGGUGGUUUUUAGCUGCUCUAAAUA